UUAUGCUUUUUUCACUGAAAUUUGCACUGAAAAUAUAUCCACAGAUACCCGACCAUCUUAAAAUAUUUUAUCUGCAAUGGUAUGUACCUUUGUUCAGGCUCUGUAGUGAUCCAAUAAAAGGAAUACAUAUUAAAUAAAUUGACAAAACCAGACUUCAAAAACCAAACAGUAUAAAAGAAAAUUAUGCCGCCCAAACCAGUUCCAGGAAGGGGGAGAGGGGAUAGAGGAAGAGGUGGUAAUCCAACAAGAGGUAGAGGAGGUAUUCAAGGCAGACAGUCCAAAAUGAGACAGAGCAACCAACUUUUAAAUCCCAAGACUUCAAAUAUGCAGAGAGGAAUAGUUCAGAGAGAUCAAGCAGGAACAUCUCGUGGUAAACUUAUCGGAGGUGUUUUAAGCGUAAUCGUAGUUUUAGGAGGAAUAGGCGCCGGAGUGUUCAUGAGUACAGCUGCUUCUGAUGAAUCUGCUAACUCGGAUUUAACAAUAAAUCCAACGAAGGCUUCUACUACAACUACAGCUGUUCCGAAGGUUACCACAACUACAACACCGCCACCACCUGUGGUGUUAGAUGAGAAAUGGAUCAAAGCGCGAGGGGAAUGUGGGAGACCGAGACAAAAACCAAAUCUCGGCAGAAUUGUCGGUGGAACAGAAGCUGUCAAACAUUCAUGGCCAUGGCAAAUAGGACUUCUGCAAUACAAGCGAUAUGAUGCAAAUACAGCUUCUGUCAAAGCCAUCUGUGGAGGAAGUCUUGUCGGUCCAAAAUAUGUUAUAUCAGCAUCACAUUGUUUUCUGAAUAAAAAACGAACAAGUGUGAGCAAAGAUAAAGAUCGCUAUAGAGUUUUGGUUGGUGCUCAUGACAAAGGCAGAGAAAGUCAUGGAGCAAAAAUGCUUGAGAUAGAAUCACUGCAUCACCAUCCAGAUAAUAAUAUGGCAACAUUCACAAGAUUAAAGCAAAUACCAGCUCAUGACAUUACAGUUAUUAUCUUAAAAACAAUUGUGGAUCCAAAUGAUAUUUCACCCAUGACAGGGUUUGUGUGUUUACCUCAACCCAAACUGAGGCCUCAUGUCGGCAAGAAUUGCUGGGCGACCGGAUGGGGAUUAACCAGUGGCACAGGAUUUGAUAAAGUUUUAAAACAAGUCAAGCAACCUGUCACAUCACAAUCAAAUUGCAUCAAAAAAUAUGGAGGCAGAAAAAUAAAUUAUGAUGUUCAUGUAUGUGCAGGACCUCACAAAGGCAAUCAGGGAACGUGCCAGGGGGAUAGCGGUGGGCCUUUAGUAUGUCAAUAUGAGGACGGUGCAUGGGUUUUACACGGAGACACCAGUUUUGGUCCAAAACCCUGUGGAUCUUCACCUGGAGUAUGGGCCCAGGUUUCUUAUCAUAUGGAUUUUGUCUGCUGUGUCUUGAGAGAUUAUGGCCCUUGUAAAAAUAUGAAAUGUGAGAUGCAGUGAAGGCUACGCAAUAUGCACUAUCGAAUACAGUCGUAGCUUUAGAAAUGAAUAAACAGGGGUAUUGAUUUUAGAACAAGAUAUCAGCUGUUUUGCACCAGGGUGUUUUACUACAAUGACUUAUGGUAUGGAACAAUGAAUUUAGCAAACUCAUGUAUCGAGUAACAGAAGCAGAUUGAUAUCUAUCUAAGUAUUUGUAAUCGAGUAGUAAGACAGGGAGAGAAGGUAUUUUGCACAGGCCGAUGAAAUUUUGAACAACUCUACCUAGAAACUAGUACUGAGUGCCACCAAAUGUAAGGUUUUCAAAUAAUAUUUUGGUUCAUGUAUGACAUUUUUGCUUUUAUUCACACACUACUCUUUUUUAGGAUUUGUUUCACACAUUUACUUUAUUACAACUUUGUAUGAUCUUUUCUUUUUUUACUAUUCUGUAAGUAAAAAGUAUUGAACCACGCAUCCAGAUUAGUCACUUUUUUGCAUACAGCAAAAUAUUGUAUAAGAGAUCUUGGUAUUGUAGAAUGGUUCUCUUACUCUUGACCUAUGACAAUUGUUUACUCCAGUAACAGUGCUCGUAUGUUCCAAACCUCAGAAUCUAUAUGGUUUUCCAUAUAAAGUAUAUUUAUUAUCUCUGGAUAGUUGUUUUAACUGAAUCAUCAUUUGCAUAAGAGAUUACUUACAAUCUUCUAUGUGAUAAACAGCACAUUUGGCCAUAUACCCUUUCGCUUGCUAAUACUAUAUUUUCCCUAGUAUUUCACCUGCAUUGCAUGUAUAUUUUUCUCAAUUUUGGUCUUUGAAGCUUUGGUCUUUGUGACUUUUUGAGGUAUUUUAAUAACUGUAUCUCAAUUGAAUAUCUCUUGAAGUCUUUCUAUGAAAAUGCAUAUAGUAUUAUUCCAAGCAAUAUUACGGAAUACAGUGAACAUAUGUGCUAUUCUGAAUUUUACUAUUUUCAAAUGUUAAAUUUACUUGAUCGUUAUCAUAUUUCGGGAAGCACGAUUCAGAAUGUCUUUGGUUAAAUAUAAAUCAUUUUUAUAUGGAUUCAUUCAAUAUUUAUUGAUGAAUAUAUAAACGGCAUUUUUUGUUUGUCAUACCAUCUCGUAUUUUAUUUUGAGAAUUGACAAGUAUUUUAGUAUGAUUGUCAAAGAAUAUUCAUUAAAUCAUUUCCUCUUAUAAAAAUUUUAUAUACCAAUAAGUAUCACCGAAUAUAUUAUUUUGAAAAACAAUUAUCACAAAUAUUUUGUCAUUAACCCAGUACUAUUCAGUCAAAUUUUCCAGAUUGUUCUCUAAUAUUUCUACUGGCCUUGUUAUGUUCUAAAUUCUAGAAGAUUAAAAUGUAGUUUUACUUAUUUCAUUAAUG